AUGAUGUUGAACGUGCCAGCUUAUGCAUCGGCUGCCAACCACAACCGCCGAUGCGAGCUGGGAAUCUCGCUUGCCCCAGAAUUCCAGAAUAAGGGGUAUGGAACAGAGGCUAUCACGUGGGCCGUUGACUGGGCAUUCCGCUUUGCGAAUAUGCACUGUGUGUACCUCAACACGAUCUCAUUCAAUGUCCGAGGGCAGAAGGUCUAUGAGAAGAUUGGCUUCAGGCUAGAAGGACGACUGCGACAUUAUAAAUGGCAUGACCGACAGUGGCACGACCAGCUACUAUACUCCAUCCUCGAGGACGAGUGGGAGGACAUACAGAAGGCUAAAGCUGAUGCAAAGGCCGUCAAAGAGGAGAUAUGA